ACCGAUCAACAUAAGGCAGGACUCUCGCCGAAACUAGAGAUUGCUGAAUCCUUGGACGAAGUCGAUCGCCUGACUGCAUCCAAAUCACUUGCGAAGGGUGAACGAACACCAGAUCUUCCUGGAACGUUUCUUGAAGUGCCUCACGCAGGAACAUCGUCACCACCCCACUCAACAACGCAAGAUGCGACGUCUUCGGCAUCGCAGAAGCCGCACGACGACGAUGACACACCGCACGAACCUCCGGAGCAUAUCACGAAAUCUUCUUAUGGAGUUUCGGCACCGAGCGCUGCCGCCGCCCUGAUUUCCGCUGCUAAAUACCCGUCUCUGAUUACGUCGACACCUCGGAACGCGAAUGCGACUGAUACGUUUGGCGCGAACUGGUGGAAUCGCAUGUCUAGACGACCCCAGUAUGCCCAAGACUCGAUAAACACGUCCAAGCAGUUCCCGGCCGCCAAAGGGGGCGCCGACCCGGGCGGUGGCCAGUUUACUGAUGGAGCGGUCAACCAAGACCACGAAGGCGCGCCGACGAUCCUCUCUGCUUCGGCUGUGGCACCGUUAAGAGAGACAGCCGGGCACAUCACAACGACGACCGACCAGCAACCCGAGACGGCCCUGAGGGAAAUGGCCAACCUACCGUUGCUGUUGGACAGGCUCCUCAACCCGCUUAGAAAGCGGGCGUACUUUGGGUCGGUCACGCUCAAGGUGCUGACGCCGCGGUCGACACCAUCCCUGACGCCUUCGCCGUUUAAGAACAGGUCCUUGAGCUUCUCGGCUGUCGACAAGCUGCCGCAGAUCAUCGUCGCCGCCAUCAUUCUGGUGGCCACGGCGUUGUCCAUAUACUCGCUGCUCCGGUACACCGACGGAAGCGGUGGAGGUGAUACCUCCGGUGGCGGCCCAACGCUUUGCCAGACCGCCGACUGCGUUCGGCAUGCAGACCUGUUCGCUGGCCGGCUGAACGCUAGCAUCGACCCUUGCGAGGAUUUCGCCGCGUUCGCGUGUUCCGCGUGGGCUUACGGGAAGCCACACCACCUUGAUGAGUCGACGUCGAAGCGACAGGAAAUUGUGCUCAACUUCACUCGCAACUUCAUGGAAACCAUCACUACUGGCCUCAGGUGAGGGAGCAGUGAGAAUGCCUCUUACACAGCGAAGCAUUCCGCGUCUCUCCCCCCUGGUGAGAUUGAUAGAGCAAUAGCCAUGCAUCUAUUUCAGUCAGCGCAGGAGGGCGCUGUCGCAGAGACACUGGUCACGUAGCAGCUACGUAUUCCUCAAGUAUUUGCGCCGUCACAGACAUACCAUGUACAAUUCAGACAUCUCGUAGCCAUGCACAGAUUCUCUUUAAUCUUCUUUCUCCCUGGAUAGCAGGGGUUCCUGGACAUUCCAAGCCAAUUAUUGAUAGUGCCGCCCUUUUCGAAACGAGAAUACACCUAUACCGUUUCAUUUGUAUAGCGUCGAAAGAGCAUUCAUCUAUAUUGAGAGUCAAAAUACUAGAGAAUUGAAAACGACGUGCUGCCUUCUCCUUUGUCCACAGUGCGAGAACGACGGACACAGCAUUUCUCUCUCUCGAAACAGGAAAUAAAUGCGCCUCA